AUAUUACAAUCAUUAAUGAUUUUCAUAUUAUUAAUUUAUGUUUUCAUUAAUCGAAUCUCUUCACAGGAUCAUUUAGAUAUUCUAUUCAAAGAUAAAAAUAUAAAUUUUAUAGAUAUCAAUAAAAAAUUGCAUAAUGCUGCUCAGAAUUUAUCAACAAAUAAUAUCCUCUCAUCAAUUUAUCAAAAUGAUUCUUUGAAUUACAAUAAUAAUCACAAUUCUUAUAUUAAUCAAUCGUUGAAUGAAGUAAAUUUAUCAGACUGGCAUUAUAUUGAUUUAAUCUUUCAAUAUAUUCGAGAUAAUUCAUCAAAUCAAGUUGUUGAAGAUUUGAUGCGGGCUGGAGUCGAUAGUUGGAAACAAACUCACUAUAACCGCAGUAACAUUAAUUAUUCGUCAGGGGACAACAUUACAAAGCAGACCAGCUCGACCGAUUUUUUUUCAAAGUUUUUGGAAUCUCUUAAAAGCAACCCAAAAAUUGCUAGGGAUUUGGAAAGAUUGUUGAAAUCUUUGCCUAUCACCAACGAAUCCGAAAACAUCUUCCUUCCCUCCGCUUUAAACGAUACGAUUGAGACUAGCCACGAGACAUUGCUAGCGGAUGCUGAUAGGAGACCUCCAGCUAAACACGUAUGGGGCUACUCUUUUUUAUUCGUGACGAUAAUAUGCAUAUGCUCCAUGGUCGGCGUCGUGUUCAUAAGUUUCAUGAAGAAGAAAUAUUACAAAUUGAUGCUUCAAUUUAUGAUAGGCUUAGCCGUUGGUUCCCUCUCUGGAAGUGCGGUUUUCCAUUUGAUCCCGCAAUCUUUCAACUUGAUGGACACGGAUAUUCACCAUUCGUACAUAAACAAGAGCGCGACUAUCAUAGGCGGGAUUUACUUGUUCUUUAUAACGGAAUGGCUUAUCAAAGUUUUCUUGGAGUGGCGCAGGACCAACAAAUUAGCCAAGGAUAUGCAAAAGGCAGCUUUAAAAAUAUCGAAUGAUGGAAAUGCAUUUAACUCCUUUCAAAAGCCUACUAGCAACGGGUUUUUUCCACCAGUAGGCACUCAAUCAACCACUCGGUUCUGCAGGAAGAAGGAUAUUAUUAAAAGAUUGCUAACCUGUACAUGUUGCACUACUACCCGAACCCAAAACAAUCCCGAAUUAGUUAACUCUAAGAUGCUUCAAAAGCACGAUCAGAAUAAUCACGUCCCAAACUUUAAUAACGGGCAUAUCUCGAUUGACGAAAAAUUAGGAGAUCCUUCAUCUCGCAAAUCAUCAUCUCAGACUAACAAAACCCACUUCACUUUCGACGUUGAAAAUAAUAAGAGCGACCAAAAGGUAGGCCUAGAGAUGUCGGAAAAUGAAAAAUUGAAACAAAGAUUACUGGCAAAUGGACCAUUAGACGGAACAACGGAUUCAAUACAGCGUAAAUCAGCAUCUGCAUCGAAUAUCAUUGACGAUUCCUUGGGCUCUGUUAGUUUCAAUUUUUUUUCGCCCAACCAGGCGACGGAGAGUUUCAGACCUAAAUCGCAUUCUUUCUGCCAUCUAGACGGCGAGUGUUCCAAGAAAUCCAUUCUUCGGAACGGCAACCAACGUCAUUCCCACGAUGAACGCAAUUGUACCCAUAAUAAUAAUUAUGAUGCGGUAACCAUGAGAAAUUUGAGAGAUCCUUAUAUAAUAAACGACGACGACGCCCCAGCUCUCAGCAUAACGCCUGCCGAGAUGAUAAGAACUUGCAGCCACGAAGACGGGCUCCACUUCGCCGGGCAAAAUACAAUUUUGACGCUAGCAUACAUGAUUUUGUUGGGAGACGGGCUGCACAAUUUCAUCGACGGUCUUUCCAUAGGUGCCGCAUUCUCUCAAAAUGUAUUGACUGGUGUCAGUAUAUCUCUGGCCGUCAUUUUCGAAGAGUUACCUCACGAGCUUGGAGAUUUCGCAAUCCUCCUGAAUUCCGGUAUGCCGGUCAAAAAAGCCAUGCUCUGUAACUUUCUUUCGGCUUCCACCUGCUAUUUGGGCAUGUUUUUCGGGAUUAUUUUGGGCGAAAAUCAAGAGGCCAGCUUCUAUAUAUUCGCCCUGGCCGCCGGUAUGUUCCUAUACAUAUCUCUGGUCGAUAUGAUGCCAGAACUUAACAAAUCUAUCGAAAAAGCAAAUAAAUUAGGUAAAUUACCUUCAACGCUAGUCAUUCAAUAUUCCGGGAUAGCUCUUGGACUAACUUCCAUGAGCCUUUUAGCCAAAUAUGGAUCAUCUAUCGCAUUUUAAUUUACAAAAAUAAGAACAAUAUAUUAUUUAUUUUACUAGAUAAAUACUCCCCAUCCUAGUGUAAAUAUCAUCGGUUCGAAUAAUAAAUAAUUUUAUAUCAAUAUCUCUCCAAAAAUAUUAGUUAAUAUUAUAAGAUUAAGUAUUAAAAUUAUUAGGUUAUUUUUUCUUUUUAAUUUGUUUAUAAAAUUUUAAAAAAAAAAAUUAUAUUUUUAUAACAAUAAAAAAUGUAGCUUUAGGUAAAAAAAAAUUUAUAUUAUGUUCAAUUGUAUAUUGAAUGUGAUAAUAUUGAAAUAUUUUUAAUUUCUGUAAAUCAUAUACCCAACUUAAAGAAAAAAUAUCUAGUUCAAAUCUUUUUUUUUCCAUAUAAAUUUUUUAAAAAGAACUUUACUUAAUUUGAUACUGUAUUAUCGGUUAUGUGAUUUAUUUAUUUUAUCUAAAUAUGUGAUUUCUUCGUAUCAAUAUAUUAUUGUUUUGAAUUUAGUAUCCUAAUUGUUUUUAUGGGAUAGAGAAUGCUCAAAAACGAAAUUGGAUAUAUUAUAA